AAUUCAGGUGAAAAUUGCAACUUUUUUCAAAGUUCAUAUACAAACCCUAAGAUUUUUUUUUGCUAAAUCAAACUAGCUAAUUCGGUUGGAGCCUUGGAGGGGUAUAUAAUUUGAAGUUUCAUUUUGUUUGGAUUUGAAAAUGUAAAAUGGAACACAACAAAAUUCGAACCGGGUACCCAAAAAACCGAACCGAAUUUAAUUUUCGAUUUGGUUGUAAGAAGUUAAGGGGAGUGACCAAAGAGAGCUUUAACAGAAAAUCCAGCAAAUGGCAACAAGUCGGAGCCCCGAGAUCCGGAAAGACGCCGUUCACAACCGCUGGGUGAUAUUCUCUCCGGCUAGAGCCCGCCGCCCCUCCGAUUUCAAGUCCAAGACCGACGCCGCUUCAGACGCCAAUCCCCACACCGCCUGCCCUUUCUGCGCCGGUCACGAGCACGAGUGCGCGCCGGAGAUUUUCCGUUUCCCUCCGGAAUCCACCCUCGACUGGAAGGUUCGGGUGAUCCAGAACCUCUACCCUGCUCUCUCCCGCGAUUUGGAUCCCCCCGAUGUCCAGUGCGGCGGCGCUCAGCUUGCGGUCGCCGGAUUCGGGUUUCACGACGUGGUGAUCGAGUCCCCGGCUCACCCGAUUCACCUCAAUCAUCUCUCCCCGCCUCAGAUUGCUGAUGUUUUGCUCGCCUAUAAGAAGCGGAUCGAUCAGCUUCGCGGCUUUGAUUCCAUUAAAUACGUCCAGGUCUUCAAGAAUCACGGCGCCACAGCGGGGGCGUCAAUGAGCCACUCACACAGUCAAAUCUUAGCACUCCCUAUCAUUCCACCCGCUGCUUCUGCAAGGAUUCAAUCCAUGAAGGAACAUUUCGAGCAAACGGGAGAAUGUGCCAUUUGCCAAGUUAAACAGCAAGAUUUGCUAAUCCAUGAGUCCAACCAUUUCAAAUCGAUUGUGCCUUUCGCUGCAACGUUUCCUUUCGAGAUAUGGAUCAUUCCUCGUCGUCACUCUUCUCAUUUUCACGAUCUUGAUCGUGAAAUGGCAGAUGAUCUUGGUGGUGUGUUGAAGCUUAUGCUGGUGAAGAUGUGUGUGCAGUUGCAAAACCCGCCGUAUAAUAUGAUGGUUCAUAGCGCUCCUCUCGGAGCUGAGUCGACACAACUACCAUUCUCUCAUUGGUUUAUACAGAUAGUUCCUCAACUAACGGUGGUGGGAGGAUUCGAGCUCGGAACCGGAUGCUACAUCAAUCCUGUUCUGCCGGAGGAUGCUGCAAAAGUAUUGAGGGAAGUAAGUGUUCAAGAUUAGUGUAUAUAAAUUUCAUUCUUGAUCUUGAUGCAUUUCAUUGCUUGGAUAUUAUACCUUAUAAUCUAAAUAAACAUAUGGAAAUGUAGACUUCCUUCAAUUUGUGAUUAUAAUACCAGUAACAUGAACUAACAUUGAUGUAAAGUAGAAGUAUGAGAACUUUGUUUUGCUCGACUGAAAAAUGAAAUAUUUAUGGAUUUGAAAUU